AUGCUGCCCAACUGCGCGCCAGAAGAUGGAGAUAUACGGACAUAUGAAAAAAGGAUAUAUAUCCAGCCCGAGAUUGAUGAGAAAGCAGCUACGUUGUAUUCGGGUACCACAAAACGGUACAACAAGACCUUCACGUUCACAUCACCUUGCCAUUUGUUAUUCAAAGUGAUUUCUCUGACGUACUUUGGAUCAUGCUCUGUAGCAGUGAGUUAUGGAAGUGAUAACAAUAUCAAGUUUCUUCAGACCCUUCCCUUUCCAGUCUCACGAGGACAUCAUUGGAAUACUGGAUUGGAGCGGUUAACGGUAUCUGUUACCAAAACCCUCCAAGAGUACAUGAUGGGGAUGAAAAGAAGGCAGUUGAUGAUAUCCGUUUCUCCUAGAAAGGCACGUUGUGAAAUAUACCCCGUCGAGCACAUUUCACUAGCACGAGGAUUGACCAUUAUUGCCCAGGUAAUCUAGCCAACUGCUGUAACAAGCCCUCCUCCCAAUCAUCCUGUUACUAGAUCAGCUUCUAGCCUUUCCACACAGGAGAUGACUGCCUUUACGGCACCAAGUCCACUUACGAACACUUCCUUUGUGGAGUCAUCUAGCACAACCCCUUCCGCGUCGUCCAUUACAGUGCAAACCACUCUGCUAAUAAAUUUGGUUAGCGCAGAGGGCACCUCUGUUACUCAUAAUAAGACAUCGACUCCAUCAACAACCCAAGUUGAACAGCUAGAAGUUGGGUCCGACGGAUUUAGUUUAGUUACUACUACUAUUGUAGUUCCUUUGGUUGUACUUUCUGUUCUCCUGAGCGUUUUUAUUCUGCUGUUACUGGUUCGGUCAGGAAUUUUUCUUUCUGGCAGCAGUCAUCCGUGGAUCAUCGCUAUUCGUAAAUCGGCAGUCCAGCAAAAUAGGCCAGACCCGAUAAAUCAGUUUUACGAGAAUCACAACGGUGCUGACGGUGUUCAACAGGAACCUACGGCAGAACUGACUGAUCCGGGUCUGUACUCGGCCGUUGGUCCUGGUUCCAGCCGUCCAACCAACCGUCCCAAGACACCUCCUGAUAUGGCUGCUGCACUUUAUGACAGUUGUAAGGAGAAUGAGACAUACACGUAUGCUACCUGUGGUAGUGCUGCACCAACGAGUUAUGUCAACACGGAAACGAAGCAGAAAGAUGCUGGUGAGCCAUACGCCAGCGUGCAGUCUAUAUUUAAUCAAUCAUCCGAGGACGUCCAGUCACAUCCUAAAAUCCAGCAAGCACAGAAAGCCAGACAAGAAGCGAAAGCAGCUCCAGCCGUCUGCUACUCAGUUCCUCAGAAGGCGGAUACGACAGAUGUUCGCAAAAAGUACGAGAACACUGAGAAGUGCGCAGCUACUAAGCGUGAUGAAUCACCCCGCACUAGAAAUUCAAUUGAACACUUACGUGGUGCUAAGGAUGUAACAUCACUUCGCGUCUUAUCGACGUCCACACAAUCCGCAGUACACAACACGGAGAAGUCUGUCGAUCCGGAUGAUGUGGAGCGUAAAAAACGCCGUGGUCUGAGUGACGCAACACCAGUAGUAUGCUGCGAUACCACCACCACCACUACCAGCACUAACCCGCAGUCAUCUCGCUCAUCCCUUCCAGCCACAUACACAUCGACGCCGACUGGAUCAAACACCCUAAGAUGUGUGUCUCCAUCUCAGGUUCCAAAGCCUCUGCCAUAUCGGGUAUUCAAAGUGUUGAAGGACAGCCAGGGCGAUCUAAGGAACCCACAGGAUACAGUCUCCAAUCAAGGGGCUGACCAGCCUGAUACAGACACUGAUCCUAGCAUAUAUGCAGAACCAGCCAUCUCCCUGAGCUAUGAUAUAUUGUGCAACGUAUCCACCCUAGAAAGAAGAGAUGGGGUGGAUGGUAUCAGCACUGUGCUGGUUGAUCUUCCUGAUCCCCCUGCCAUAUAUGCUGUGCCACAGAAGGGCUGCGCGGAAACUUGAAGCAGGAUCAUCUAAUAAUACUUCGCUGCCAGAUCACAUUCGCUAGCUUUUCACCAUUUUCAUGAUUUCCAGAACAGGUCUAAAAUUAUUGUUGUCAGCGUCGACGACUUCCAAAAUCACUCAUUUGUUUCCACGCUUCGUUUCUAAUUCGAUUUGCGGAAAUACACCAAGUGAAAUUAAUCACCCAAUGAACACAAACAUACCCCCCCCCCCCGAGCAUGUAAAGUUCUAUUGGACUAUCCUUUUUCGCGUUUCUUGAUCUUUGAAGGGUGGUGGCAUUUCUUCGGAAAACUCAGCAUCUGGCCGAGUCUGACGCGAACCGGGAUUUCUUUCCUAUUUCCGCGGCCUCACCGUGCCACCCAAUUCUACCUAUUUUCCAUGUACAGUGGGUCAUUUUUUCUAAUCAAUUGUUAUCUUCCACAACCGCCCACUCUGUAUAAUCUGACCAUACUGCUUGCCUGUCACAAACCUAAUUAUCUGCUUGUUGCAUGCGUCUACUUGAAGUAGAGACUUUUUGUUUCUUUCGUCUUCAA